AUGGAGGGAAUAUUAAAAGUUCGCAAUAUUGUUGUUGAAAUAGCAUCUGAUUUGAAUCCCACUGAUUAUUUAAAUUUCAAAGCUGUGAACAAAAAUGUCUAUAAUGAAAUUUUAUCAGACGAGGUAGACCAAACUUAUUGGUCCAAGAGGCUACAAUUAUUAGACUUGAAGGAAACUCAAGAAAAUAUAACUGAUGAUCAAUUUGCGAAUUUAACGGCAGUAGAUAUUUUUGAUAAAAUUGUUAACUUCAAUAAAAAACAAAGUAAACAUAUUUAUAUUAAAUUUUAUGGAUGUUUCAAGGACUAUUGCGAUAAAUUGAGCAAUAGUGAUUUAGGUACUUUGUUUUCAGCAGAAGAGGAGAAUGACCCUGUUUUAGAAGCUAAGGUAUUAAUGAAUAUUUAUAGAUUCAAUGCUUCUAAUGAUGUGGAAGAUAGUUAUUAUGGUAAAGUUAAGGAGCAGUUGGAUAUAGUGAAGGAGCUAUUUGUUAAUUCUGUUUUGAAGGAGUUGGAAAAGAAUUAUAAAUUGAAAAACUAUGAAGAAGUCAGUAAGUUUAUGGGUGUUCUUUUCCUAGUUAAGGAAUCUACAGUAGCAGUUGAUUUUUUUAAUUCUGAGUUUGAUACAGAGUACACAAUAUCCUUACCUGAUAAUAUUUUCAAGGAAAUAAAUACAUUAAUUAUUGAUAAUCAAAGUUUGAGCAAUUUAAUUGAAGAUGAGAGUAGUGCCGAUCAUUCUAUGAAGUUUAAGAGGAUGAAAGUUUUAAAUAAAAGUUUAGUGAAAGAGUCAUUAGGUAAGAUAUUUGAGUAUAUAUUUAAUGUUGUUGAUGUCGUUUACCAGGUUUUUGGUGAUAAUUAUGACAACGGGAGAUUUGUGGUUGAGAAAUAUAUUGGAUAUUUUAUGGAUCUUGUUGAUAUUCACUUUGAAGAGAAGGAGAACUUAAUGGAAUUACCAAAAUUUUAUAAAUUGACAAAUGAAGCUAUUGAUGCUGUUUUUGGUGAAGAAGAAUAUUUUAAAAAGUUAAUUAAAGAUGAUAUUGAUGUGCAUUUAAAAUCGAAGAAGGAGUACUAUUUAGAGACUAUUCCAUCAUUUUUUAACCAACAGCUUAAAGAUCUAAGAACAAAUCCUGUCAAGAAAGAAGAUGAUAAAGUUAAGAAAAGUAAAGAUGAUUCUUUAAGAUUGGCAACACUUUUUAAGAAGAAACCAAAUGACAAGGAUGAGAUUACAGAACAGGAAAUGCCUAAGGUUGACGUUAAAAGUUUAGUUAAUGUUGAGUAUUAUGAAAAUGUUCUGAAGCUUUCUGAACAAGUUUUAGACGAUAUUGAUCAAUUUGGUGGAGAUAAGAAGAAAAUAUAUGAUAUAAUAGUGAAAAGGAUAAGUGUUGAUGGGAUAAGGCAUGAAUACAAGGGAGUUGUUGGGGAGUUGGGUCGAGGGGAGAUUGGAUUAGUUAUGUUUACGGAGGUUGUUAAUAUUUGGGAUAUGAUAGUACAUAAAGUGGUUGUGUUUGAGGGUCGAUCUGAGGAGGGUCGACUUGAAAUGUUGUUGGACGAGAUUGUAGGGGAGGGAUUGAACAUUGGGAUUAGCAAGAUGAUGAGAGAAGUGGAGAAUAUAUUGCUGGGGGUAGCUUACAAUCAACAGCAAGUGAUUGAUGUUGAAGCGACGGAAGCAGCGCAUAAAGUGAUCGACCUAUUAAAGCAAAAUUGUUUCUUACUGAAAGGAGAAGCGAUCGCAGAAGUGUUUCAACAAGAAAUAGGCGAGAGGUUAUUCAAUGAGCUGGUAAAACUCAUCAAGAGAUCAACCAUCUCAACGCAAGGUGCUUUGUAUUUAAUAUCUGAUUUGAAUCUUUACUAUGAUUUUAUUACAUAUAAACUUAAACAAAAGAACAUAGUGCCUUUAUUUGCUGGACUUAAAUCAAUUGGGCAAUUGUUUUUAAUUUCUACCAACGACUCCAAAGAACUAGGAAAAAUGAUUGCGGCCGGUUCACAAGGGAUCUUUUCCCAAGAAGAAAUUUAUGAAUUUGUUCAAAGACGGAGCGAUUGGUUUAAAGUGAAACGAGAUGUAGAAAAAGCAAUAUAUGGCUUAGAUUGUAUACUUAUAUAA